AUGUAUGAAAAUACCGAUAUUUCGACAUCAUCACCUUCUCGAAUUGCAUAUCAAUAUGAAACAAUUGCUUCACCCGUACGAUCAUUUUAUGAAAAUAGUACACAACAACCUACUUAUAUAUCAUUUGAAUCAAUUCCACAUUCAAUUUCAAAAGAAAUCUCAUUAACACCUCCAUUUCAAAAGAAAUUACCGAUUAUCCCAGUGGCUAUUUUAGGUUUUUUAGAAAUAUUUGGUGGAUUAAUUGUUCUUGUACUUGAAAUACUUGUUUUCGAUAUUGCUGUUGGACUUUGGUGUGGAUUGAUUUAUGUACUUGCUGGACUGGCUACUAUUGUACUUGUGAUUUGUACGGAUCGCGAACGUCAUCAAACAUCAGCUGUUUUGAUAUUUCAAAUUGUUGCAUUAAUGUUUACGAUUACGGAAAUUCUAUUACAUAUUGAUUUUUAUCAAAAACGUUGUGUAACAAAACCAGACCAACCAUCACGUGAAGCAUCAUAUCAAUGUCAAAUUUUACUUAGUCAAAUAGGUGGUGCGGCAAUUGUUCUUAUCAGUAGUCUUAUAUUUUCGAUAAUAUAUUUUCGAGUAACAAUCAUCGUACUUAAACAACCACAUGGAACUUUUAAUAUAUCGAAUGCAAUGAAUUUAACUUGUUAA